AUGAAGUGUCAGCUUCUCUCCACCUCACUCCUCCUAAGCCUCGUCCUCGCCGCACCAAUCGCAGAGCCGAGCAACAACGUACAGCGAGCUGACAAGCAAUCCUGCUCAUCAAAGCCCCACCCAACUCUAGAAGACUUCCACAAGGCAGCAAAGAAAUGGUGCGACGACCACGUCCGUGCCGACGCUCCCAAUCCUCCUCUCCUUCCCAAACCCGUCAUCGACCCUCACAACAAGCCCAUCAUGCCGCCUCUCACCGCCGACUAUGCCUUCAAGCUGCCCAAUCCCGAUAAGAAGAAGCCUGACAUCUCUCUCGCUGUGACUUUCGAGAUUCACGGAUUUGCGCCUAUUCAGCGUGAUGACUGUUACCUUGGGUUUGGCAUGCAAAACGGCUGGGAUAAUGGGCGGAAGAACGAUGGAAAGGUGCAAGAGGAGGAGCAAAUUGAGAAGGGUAAUGUAUGUACGGGCCCAGGUGGGAAGACACUGGUUCAGGGUUGGGAUCAGUCGGUGGGUUGGAAUAGUUACGGUGUUAGCUUUAAGUGA